UCGCAGAGCGCCGCUGGCGUGCGGCCUCCGUGGCGGCCGGGUCUCCGUAACGGCCCGCCUUCCCGCCGCGCUCCCGCCAUGGGGCCCGGGCGGCUCUCGCGGGUGCUGCUGCUGCACUGCCGCCGGGCGCUGGGUGCGGCCCGCUGCCCACUGAAGCCGCCGUGCAGCCGCUCCCUCGGCGCCGCCGCUGCCCUCCGCCUGUGUGCUCCUCAGCGGCCGCCGGGCGGGCGGACGGGCGGCAGGGGGCGGUGGAAGGGAGCGGCGGGCGCCGGCGGGGAUGAUGAUAAUAUUAACGAUGAUGAUGAUGGUGAAGAUGAUGAAGGAGAGGAGGACGGGGAUGAAGAAGAUGACGCGGAGCUGGAGGAGCUGCUCGGCCCCUCACCGCUCGGGCCGGAGCCCGGCGCGCACCGCGUGGCUGUGGUGCACCCGGCGGUGAGGUGGGGCCCGAAGAAGCCGCUGCUCACCACGGCUGAAUUACAGAUUGCUGAAGCCGUUGCUCUUGUAGAUACCCUUCAGAACUGGACAAUUUUAGAUAAAAUAAUUAUUCCUACAAAAAAUCCUGACAAGAAGUUCAUUUUUGGCAAAGGAAACUUCGAGGCUUUGACAGAAAAGAUUAAAAAAAUGCCCAAUGUGACAGCUGUCUUCUUGAAUGUGGAAAGAAUAUCUUCACUAACAAAGAAAGAACUGGAAGAUGCCUGGGGCGUGAAGGUCUUUGACAGAUACACAGUUGUACUUCUUAUUUUUCGUUGUAAUGCUCGAACUAAGGAAGCAAAACUCCAGAUUGCGUUGGCUGAAAUUCCACUCCUCAGGUCAAAUCUAAAAACUGAGGUGUCUCAUCUAGAUCAGCAGAGAGGUGGAUCUAGAUACAUCAUGGGCUCAGGUGAAACUUUCAUGGAGACACAGAAUCGUCUCUUGAGAGAAAAAGAACUUAAAAUUAGGAAUGCCUUGGAGAAACUAAGAAGAAAAAGAUCUUUGCUCAGAACUCAGCGCAGAAAACGCGAGUUUCCAAUUAUCUCAGUAAUGGGCUAUACUAAUUGUGGGAAAACUACCUUGAUCAAAGCCUUGACAGGGGAAGCAGGAAUUCAACCCCGAGAUCAACUGUUUGCUACUCUUGAUAUUACCGCUCAUGCUGGCUAUCUGCCCUCACGUAUGACAGUUAUAUACGUUGACACUAUUGGGUUUCUGUCUGAUCUUCCACACAAUCUGGUUGAGUCCUUUUCAGCUACAUUAGAAGAAGUUGCUUACUCCGAUCUGAUAGUUCAUGUGAGGGAUAUUACUCAUCCUGAAACCGUCCUCCAGAAAGCAAGCGUUUUAUCAGUUCUAAAGAAUCUUAAUCUUCCAAGCCAUUUAUUGGAAUCAAUGGUAGAAGUUCAUAACAAAGUGGAUUUGAUAGAAAGCUAUGAACCCACUGAAGAAAAUGCUUUAGCCAUUUCUGCUCUACAUGGGCAUGGUUUAGAAGAGCUGAAAGAAGAAAUAGAGAAAAAAAUUCUGAAAGCUACGGGAAAGAAGAUUCUGACAAUUACGGUCAACUUACAGGGACCUCAGCUAAGUUGGCUCUAUAAAGAAUCAACGGUUCAGGAAGUAGAAGUCAUGCCUGAUGAUGGUACAGCCAGGGUGAAAGUGAUCAUCAGCAACUCUGCUUUUGGCAGAUACAGAAACCUCUUUCCUAGCAGUAAGUUUUUUAUACCAUGAAAUCCUUUUCUCAAAAAAGAAACUGAUCUCAUUAAGAAGAUUGGAAUGAAGCUAAUGGCCCACUAGGCUGGAUGCUGGAAAGUUUAUUUCUUAACCAGUUGAUGUUUUUGACACACUGUAGAAAUGGACAGUGGUUCAGAAAACUUUUGUUUGGAAACAACAGCUUUGAGCUUCAUUCUAGCAGCAAGUGCAAGGACAGCCGUAAUUUUUAUGUUGGAAUAGUUAAUGGCUACAGACUCUGAACCUCAAACAUGGGAAUCACAGGAUGGCCUCGAAGUUAACCUUCAGAAAAAUACAAAGUUAAGUUUCUAACAUCAUAUAAGGACUUUUUAAAUCCCAUUUUUCAGAAUAAAAUAUUUGUUACAGACAA